UUCAUUGUGUUUCAGUUUUUGCUCCCUGUGUUCCUGGAUUGUUUCCUUUUACUUCUUGUUGUUGUUUGAGUUUGUACUUUUACUUUGCGUGUUUGAAUUUAUUUCCACACAUUAUGGGCUUCCUGUUUUGAGUCUGAACAAAAACCCGAGACCUUCACAAUCAGGCAAUGCUAACUUCUUUAGAUUGUUAUAAUGCAAUUUCAAAAUGCUGUCAUCAUCAAGGCUCAUCCUCAUCUGGCUGGCCUCUCGAGGACCCUCAAUAUGAACAAAGCCAAGACGGCUUGACAGAUCAAUUAAAAGUCACAAAGCACCCAGGCCUCAUGCAGCAGGAGAUGGUGGACAACUACAACAUGUUCAGGACUGUGAAACACCACUCCAUGAAGUCCAGGAGCUGUCAACAUGAUGUAUGGAAGCUGCUCCAGGUCAGUCAGGUAUUUGUAGGAUGUUACUGGACCUAACCUGCUCUAAUGCUGCGGUUCCAGUUACAAGCAGCAGGAAGUGCCACCCUCCUUGGAAUUGAGUCUUUUCCUGCACCUCCUUUAUAUCCAGCAGCUUGCAUUAGGUCCCGGUCCCCACGCCUGACAGCAAAAUGUCUGACAAGGGAGUCUUCGAUACCAACGUGCUGACCCUCACCAGGUUUGUUCUGGAGCAGGGCAGGAAGGCACAGGGAACCGGGGAGUUCACCAACCUGCUCAACUCCAUCUGCACGGCCGUCAAAGCCAUCUCCACCGCUGUCAGGAAGGCCGGGAUCGCUAACCUAUAUGGGAUCGCUGGAAGCACCAAUGUGACGGGGGACCAGGUGAAGAAGCUGGACAUCCUGUCCAAUGACCUGGUCAUCAACAUGAUCAAGUCCUCCUUCUCCUCCUGUGUGCUCGUGUCGGAGGAAGAUGAGAAGGCCAUCAUCGUGGACCCAGACAACCGAGGAAAAUACAUUGUGUGCUUCGAUCCACUGGAUGGUUCCUCAAACAUUGACUGUCUUGUUUCUAUUGGAACAAUCUUUGCUAUCUACAAAAAGACCACGGACGAUGAGCCUUGUGAGAAUGAUGCUUUGCAACCUGGAAGAAACAUCGUUGCUGCAGGUUAUGCUCUGUAUGGCAGUGCCACCAUGAUGGUCCUCUCCACUGGACAGGGAGUCAACUGCUUCAUGCUCGACCCCGCAAUCGGUGAGUUCAUCUUGGUGGAUCGAGAUGUGAAGAUCAAGAAAAAGGGAAAGAUCUACAGCUUGAAUGAGGGAUAUGCGCAGCACUUUUAUCCAGAUGUGACCGAGUACCUGCAAAAGAAGAAAUACCCAGAGGAUGGUUCUGCUGCAUAUGGCAGUCGAUAUGUUGGGUCAAUGGUAGCUGAUGUUCAUCGUACUCUGGUUUACGGAGGAAUCUUUUUAUACCCUGCUAAUGUCAAAAGUCCAAAGGGCAAGCUGAGACUUCUGUACGAAUGCAACCCCAUGGCCUUCAUCAUGGAGCAGGCAGGAGGCAUGGCCACCACAGGAUCCAUGAACGUUCUGGACAUCCAGCCCACCAAUAUCCACCAGCGGGUCCCUGUGGUCCUCGGAUCCCCUGAUGAUGUGCAGGAAUAUAUUUCCAUUUACAAGAAGCAUAACAAAUGAGCAGGCAGAGUCUGGAGCUUACAAGAUUCCAUCAGGACAUUUCUUUCUACUCAUUCCCUCGCUGCACUGAUGAAGGAACGUGGAGCCUCAAUGGACCUAUGAACACCUCACACUGUCGUCAAUGCAAACACUUAUUUAAAUAAACACAAAUUAAACGAU